AUGAUGCUUAGAAGGAGCGCGGUGAAGCCGUUGAGAACGGUGCAGUUGGGCGUGAGCAACGCUCUUAGAGCCGGCUCGAUAGGUAUGCUGGGUCGUCAUCUUACCAAUACGGUUCUGAACGAACGUGCGUAUCAUUCCAACCAAGGUGGCGGUAGGAAGCCAUUUGACGGCGGUCAGGACAAGAAGAACAAAUGGGUUAGGCAGGGGAAGAACAAGGCCGUUCGAGAAGAAUUGAAAGUGGAUCCGGCGUCUCCAUGGCGCCACGAGCUUCUUUCGUUCGACGAGUGUGUCUCAUCUGCUCUGAAGUACUCUACUACCCCGCUGCAGAACACUUACAAGAGAAUGGACAAUAAACAAUUGAACACACAUCCGUCGUUCGCCCUGUUUUGGGAUUCCAUGGGUAGAGCAAUGGAAUUGUAUUAUUCUCUGAGAGAAUCGCCUGACUUCAAUGCGUACCGUGUAUCACGGCUGAUUCAUUUGUUACACAAUGGUCUGAGGUCGACUAGAGAUCAACUAGUCAAGCUAAGUAGGAAACCUGAUUAUGACUCGCAGUCUUUCCAUAAGGAAAUGAUAAACUUUUUAUGUAACUCCUUAAAAGACAUCUCUGAUGACGUCUUGGCGAAUAAGGUUUCUGUUAACGGAUACGGUGCGACUCAUCUUCUGACCUCUUUCAAAGAAUUGUCUUUUAACGAUGACUGUAUUCAAAUAUGGGAAACGGGGAAGACUUCACCCAACGAAACUACAUCUGAGGCAUUCAAAGAAGCCAAAGUAGUUGGGUUUAUGCUACCAUUACUUUACGCAAAAAACCAGUCUUUAACCGAGCCUAACGAACUGUACAAUCAAGUUAUUCAGUCGAAAGAAUUUACCCACCCUAACCUUUAUAGCGGGUUGAUUAAGGUGUUCAUUAAGGCUGAAGAUUAUGAAAAAGCGUUGUCACUCUUCGGUCGGUUAUGUGAGAAAGCAGAAGUACGGAAUUACGGUUAUUUGAUUGAAACGCAUUUGAGCUUUAUUAGUGAUUCUAAGAAUUUAACUCUGGCAGAAAGUUUUUUUGAUAAAAUUAUCAAUGACGAAAUGCCAUAUAAAAUCAUUUUACAAGUUUCCACGGUGAACUCGUUUCUGCAAAAUAUAUGGAAAGGGGAGAAUGAUUUUGACUACGUCUACAAGAUUUGGGAAAAAGCCGUUCGAUUCUAUGGUAGCACUGUCAACCCCGGAAUCCUGUCUUCAUUGAACAAUACGUUUUUCACAAUUUUCUUUGAAAACUUCGUUAACGACAAAAUCAAGGGCUUUAACAAACUGCAGGAAAUCAUAAUGUUCUACAGCGGUGUCAAGAAAAUUGACGAACCAUUUUUCAAUGUAAUGUUGACUAAAGCUACUACUUGGCAUGAACGUAGCAUAAUCGAUUUUAUCGAUCAAAACUAUACUCUCUACCAUAUUCCAAGGACUAUUAUAUCAUAUAGAAUAUUACUGAAAUCACUCGGAAGCAUAGACGACACCACCAACGAGGAGAUUUUGAACAAAUGGCUGGAACUAGUUAAGAAAUUAGAUGAGUUAGGCCAACAGUAUAUAGCCAAUGCAGACCUAUCCGCGUUGAGAGAUGCAACUGUCGUCUGGUCGCAACAAAAGAAGGAUGAAAAGGAGCUCAUUGCUAAAUCUGAAUCAACAGCAACUACAACAACCGAUUUAAAGAUUAAAGAUCCUUUGGAACCCUUGAAAAAUGAUGAUCUUUCAUCGAACUCGGAGGACAGGAUAGUACAGUAUUUGAAAAUACUAAAGAGAUACACGCCUUACUUCCGUGCUCCUAAACAAGUAUUUAGGUAUACCACUGGAUGCGCAGAAUCAUACCCAAUACUAAACGGAUAUUUACACGAAUACUCGAAUAUAAGUGCCGAAGAUAUCCCUGUACCUGAACUACAUAGUUUUGUGCCUAGAGAGCAGUAG